AUGGCAGGCCUUGUUCCUGCAAAAAUAUCGGACAGAUACGCCAAGAAUGGCGAAGACAUGCUUGAUGUUUUGUCUCAUGAUAUAAUGAGGUACGAAAUGCUUGCAGAGAAGGAGACGUUCAACGCUCUUACCUCCGUCCUGCAAGGGGAACAAUCCCAUGACAAUGUCGAGCUACAUGAAAUCGAAGUAAACCGCUUGAACAAUGACAACAACAACAAUGACGAAGGUGAUCCGACGGAAACACACGAGCAGCGUGACACAGGAAGCAGUAGAUUUAGAUCAGUUUCCAAUGAGGACACAGACGAAUUUCUCAGGAAAAAUGUAAAUAAAAACACGGACUACAAAACAAGAUCAGAUGUUAAAACUUUCUACACCUGGGCACAGCAAGUAGGAGAGUUUAGAGAGCUGCAGAUGAUUCCGUUUAAGGAACUAGAUGCUAUUUUAGCCCGGUUUUACUUAGGUGUAAGGAACAAAGAGGGACAGGAGUAUGAACCAGACACGCUUACAGUUAAGACCUUUGGACAAACCUAA